ACCUUAUCGUACUUAAGAGAUAACGAAUAAUGAGUUUUUUGAAGGAACAAACAGUAUUAUUUCUUGAUGAAUUCGAGAGAUCAGAGCUAUUUCCUACAGAUAUAGCCCUUUCAGAUGAGAGGGUGUUUUAUGACGUGGAAGAAGGAGUUAAUUCUGAAGAAAAACAAACAUAUUUGAGUGUUUUAAAAAAAAGUGGCAAAAAGUCCAGAAAAAAGCGGAAAAAAGUUUUAUCUCUUUUGAACGAAGAAAAGGCGAUUUGGAGCUCUCAAGAACUGACAAAACUUCGAAUUUUAAAAAAAUUCAUGAAAACAGUAGAUUCUGAGCGUUUUUCGCAGCUUUCAAGGCUUCUACUGAAUAAUAGAAGUGAGGAGGAGGUUAACAAGCGUUUUUUUGAUUUGGAAAAGCCUAAUUGUUCGAAUAAACCGGCUUCUGCGCUUCAAAAGUUGAUAGAAUAUGAAGAUAUGCUUGAUUCUCAGGAUAUCUCUAAGAAAAAAGGCAAUAUAGAUAAGGUUCUUGGUCUUUUGAAUCAUUUUGAACCUGUAAACACGCUUAAAACUAAUGAAAUGGACAUUGUUUUGGGUUUAACUGGAAAUAAUAUAGAAAACAAAAAAAAUAUGAUGGAUCUUGUUUUAGGAUUAAACAGAACAGAAACAAUGAAAUAAACAAGGUGUUUUAUUCUAUUUAAAGACUUGGUUAUUUUUUUU